CCGAAAUGCCACGGAAGGACUGACAGCAGUGACUCUUUAGUCAGAGCAGAGAAAUCAUUCUCAGAACAGCAGCUGGAUUUUUUCAAAGAAAAGCUCAACUGCGCACCAGACUUCACUGGCCAGUAAUUUCACAGGAGUUUAAAUGUGACCCAGAGAACCUACAGAUGCAGAACACGUUAAAUCAUCAUAACCAUGGCAUCAGUCUGGCUUGUGCUUGUGCUGUGGAUAUUUGUUAAUGCCUUGAUAAAAGUGAUUCAAGCGUCAUCAUGUGCUCAGAUUCACACUCCUGCUUCAGUGGUGCUCGCUGGUUCACCCGUGUCAGUGUCCUGCUCCAUCGAGGAUGAAUGCCCGCUGACCAAAGGCAAAGACUUUCGUGUGGCAUGGAAAAUUAACAACCAUUUUGCCCCCAGCAAUCUCUCUUACCAGGAGAGUAACAGGACGUAUGGUCUAAUCAUACCUAGUUUACUAGACACAGACACAUUCAUUCAAUGCGCUGUGUGUGAAGGGGAGAACUGCCAAAUUGUCAAUGGAGUGCAAGUGAAAGCUAGAUAUCCUCCACCCGUUCCCCAAAACCUGAGCUGCUCUUUGAAUCUAACAUCCAAAAGAUUCCUGUGUCAGUGGGAUCCUGGUCAGGAAAUGGCAGAUCUUGCUACAAAAUAUACUCUUCACAUAUUUAGUGUCAUGUCAAAAAAGGUUCUAUCUUAUAAAUAUGUGAUCCCAGUUGGAAAACAUUUCCACUUGAUUCCACGGGAAUCGUAUCCUUUAUUAUUAAAGGUGGAGAUAAAUGUGACAGCAGUGAAUGUCUUAGGGAAUGCCACCUCUGAAACCCUGAAGCUGAUCCCACUUGAAACAGCAAUGUUCGACCCUCCGGAGAUUAACGGGAUUGAAGCAGAUGCAGUGGGCUGCUUAAAUUACAGCUGGAGUCUUGGAAAAUCUCAGCAAUGGUUGACGAUUGCCAUCAGUUUAGAGCUGAGAUUGAAAACCGUAAACAACAGGCAAAACAAAGAGUUGGUUGUGCCCUUCACAAAAAAACCAAGAAGCAAAUUAAAUGUAUGUGACCUUUUUCAUGGUACAAAUUACAGCACCACAAUGCGAGUGAAGUAUAGUUCAUUGAGUAAAUGGAGUGAAUGGAGUGAAUGGAGUGAUCCGAAAAUAGCCGCCACAGUUAUGAAGGCUCCAUCUGGAAGCCUGGACACAUGGCUUAAAGUGGAUGAUCAGAAUGCACAGCUCUACUGGAAGCCCUCAGAAAAUUUCCGUGCCAACGGCUGGAAUUUGUUCUACACUGUCGAAUCAAUGGAACCGAAAAAGAUUUUGUGUGUUACACAAGAAAGCCACUGCUUUUUCAAUCUCAUCGAGAGAGUUGAAAAGGUUUACCUGAGAGCCACUAACGCAGCGGCAAGCUCAAAUCAUACCGAAGUACCGGUGUAUCGGAACAGAGGGCUGGGCUCUGUCUCCUGUUCAUCCAAUGUUCAUCCCCAGUCAGAGACGUCGGUGGAGAUCGAGUGGGGGGGAACACCAACGUCCCUCAGUGUCACAGGAUACGUGCUUGAGUGGAGAUCUCUGAAUGAGAUGCCGGCAGCUCCCCUGUCCUUCACUCUGAUGGACAAAAACAUCUCCAGUACCAUACUAACAGGGUUAAGGCCUUACCAACCUUAUGAGGUGUCUAUUUAUCCCAAAUAUGAUAAAGGGAUUGGAAUUCCAUGCACUUUAGUUGCAUACAGCAUUCAGAAAGCAUCCUCUGUGGCCCCAGUGUUGAAUACUAGAGAAUAUUCCAAUGAGAGAAAUGGAACCAUUCGAGAUGGAAUUGAAAUGAUGCUGUUUGUUAUCCCAGCAUGCAUUGGCUUAUCACUUCUCGUCUUUGUUGUGUUUGCAUGUUUUGGGAAACAUGAACGGGUGAAGAUGUGUUUGUGGCCUAUAAUUCCUGAUCCUGCCAACAGCAGCAUUAAGAGGUGGACCACCACUGAUUCAAUGCAGGGCAUGCCUCCCUUUAAAGAAGACAAGGAGCCUGUGUUGGUGUAUCUGUCUCACUUCAGUCUUCUUGAUCUGGACGAGAAAGAGCCGUUCAAGAGUGACUAUGUCAAGGAGAACCAGUGGUCACACCACAUCGACAGUUGUGAUGAGAGUCAUUCCUCAUUCCAGACCUGUGUCAGAUGCGAUUCGGAGCUCGACAGGGAUUCUGUCCCUUAUGCCACAGUGCUUUUCGAUGGUCCAUAUCAAAACCAUUCAUCCUGUCCGCCACCCUAUGUGCGCUCUGAGUCCACACAGCCUCUGUUAGGAGCGGACGACCCUGGCAGCCCCCCACCGUAUGAGAAUGUGUCACCAAGAGGCAGUGUUUCCAAAGUACAACGCUUCACUGCAUUCCCUCAGAAUCCCACUGAGGAGAAUGAAGAACUUUGGGAAGAAUUUCCUAUGCUCAGAUCUUUAGAGAUCACGGAUACUGAUCAUAUCUAAACUCAGAUUCAUGCAGUUCCUGUUUAUGUGCUUCUUUUUUUAAGGAUGUGUGUGUUUCAUUUUGAGUUUGAGUAUAUAUGGAUACAUUCAAACCACAGCUGAAUGAGGAACCUGACUGAUUUGGCUCACAUGACAGAUCUGUUUUUAAAAGUGAUUAGCAAAACAAACAAACAAACAAAAAAAAAAAAAAUCAUUAUUAACUUUCUGCAGUAUUGCCAGGGACGGCAUAUACAGUAGGUUAAACAGACCACUGGUAUUACAAUGAAUUAGAGAGAAAAUGGUACUCCCAUUAUGGUAGCUCUAUUAAAGUAAGUCCCACCUUUUCCAAGUAAGAGAGCCAAUCAGCAAAAUCACUGCCUGGUCUUUAUGUGAAACUUGUCUCAAGAAAUCACAUAAGACACAUUUUAUGUUGUGCUGCCCUUUCAAGUUCAUUCUUUCAAUGUGCCUCUAGAGACAGAAUGUCACAAGUCCAUUCUUGUGUCAUCAGCAUUGAGAAUUGUAGCAAAUUUAUACAGCAUUUUAAAAAUAAUACUAUUAAAGAUAAUACUACAUGA